CAAGAUCAACGUAGAUACCAAGUGGUAAAGUCUGUCAUUUUAGAAGUUGUGACUCCCUUGUUUCAACAAACGAUUAAAAAUUACUAUACAACUGGUGGGAUUGGAUCCUUUCAGGCAUUUAUCAGUAGUCAAACUGUAGUUCACACUCUAUUUCACCUACGGCAUGGAGUCGCAUUGUGUUGCAAGGACCAAGCAAACUGCCGUUACCCUGCUGCAUUUGCGCCUUUGUUCAACUACCAAUGGAAAAAGUUGUAUUCUCAAAACCUAAGACCAUGUAACAAAACUUGCCACUGUAAAUAUACAGUUAAUCCUGUUCAGCUUACAGACCUUGAUGUCAGCCUUUCCAGUCUCAUUUUGAUUUGCUGCUGUACCCUAUCAAAAAUCGAAAAAGAAGCUAUUCAGUUGUUACGAAAAUAUAAGAAUGAAUAUUUAAGUCAUGAUACAACAUGUCGUAUUACCCAAACUAAAUACAACACAUUAUGGCCAGACUUAGUCAUUAAUGUCUUGCGACUUGAUUCCAGUAAAAAGGAUGAUCUUGUACGCAUAGAGAAAAGACCACUAGAUGAGUCACUAUCUGAUAAAUACUUCACAUGCUUUCUAGAUCUUCAUGAACAGAUAGAGUCAACCACGCAAAAUGUGCAUUCAUCCAUUAAAGAUGUCAAUACCUCAAUUGAUGGGCUUAUCAGCUUUCUUCAGUUAUCAGUUCAAAGAAUAGAUACAAGAGUUCAAGGGAUGGAGACAAGUGUUCAAGGAAUGGAUACAAAAAUCCAAGGUAUAGGUACAACAAUCAAAGGUAUGGAAACAAGAGUCCAAAGAAUGGAUACAAGAGUCCAAGUAAGUGUCCAAGAAAGAGAUACAACAGUUCAAGAAAUGAGAAAUUCCAUCCAAGGAUUAGAAACAUCAGUUCAGCAAACAAAUGACCUUAUUAAGGAGAUUCUUCAAGCAGAUUUGACAAGUGAAAGUGGCAGACAAAUUAUAAUUCCUCUCUAUAAUAAGCAAUUAAGAAAACACGGAGAUCAAUAUAAAAUAGGCCAAAAUACCUUUUGCCUUCAUCAACAGCUCAAGCUGGAGUCACUUUUCAACGGAAGAUUAAUAUCAGAUAUAAAGAUGCUGGAUGAUGGUAGACUGGUGUUUUGCGUUCCCGACCAGUCAAAAGUACUCGUCUGUAACAAAGAUGGAUCGAAUACAGACACUAUACAAAUUCGGGGUGCACCAUGUUGUUUAACACCAGUAAACAGUUCUACAGUAGCUGUAGUAGUGGUUAAACCUUUUAGAAGCAGCUUUGUUGAACUGUAUGACAUUAAUAUCAAAAGAAUACUCAAAUGGAUACAAGUACCUGGGAUGAAGAGUGCGUGUGGUAUUUCAGCUAUGCACACUAAGUUGAUAGUAGGGGGUUUGCGUUCACUAUUAAUUGUUGAUCUACAUGGUAAAGAAACAAUACAAAAGAUUAAAAUACGCUGUACACCCGAAGCAAUUCAUGCCUCUGAUAACAAAAUCUUCUUCAGAAACCACCACACCGGUUUCAUAUCCAACGAAAGGAAGAAAUUAAAGUGGUACAGUCUUUCUGGAAAGAAAGUACUGGGCAAGAUCCUAUCAUCAGAUCCAUACUCUAUCACUUCUCUACGAGAUGGUAGCUUGUAUGUGCUCUGUAUAGAUGGCUCCAUACGUCAUGUAUCACCCGAUCUAAAACAUGAGAAAACCGUCAAUGCAUACAACAUAGAGGCAUUGAAAGGCGGUGAUAUUGUCAGCUAUAACGCAAAGCAAAAUACGAUGGUUUUACGUAACAAGAAGAUUCUGAACAUCUUUCAAGAACAACAGUAAGACUCAUCAUAUUUUUAUAUGAAUAUUAUUGUUGAGAAUUAAUUACUUUUAUAUCCUCACAUUUAUUGUUUUUUUAUUUCGUUAGUAAGGAAAGCAGUUGGUUAAGUAAAUGGUAAAAUUUAGGAUAAAGCAAGAAAUUACAAGGAAUUUUAGACCAACAUAUAUAUUUACCUUGUGUUUGAGAUCUGAUUAGAGAUUGAAACAUUAUUGAAAGCAUUUUUGAAGUUUAAAUACAUUACAAAAAAUAUUUGUCUUACUUUCGGAGUUGAAAAAAAGAACCAUUUUGGGAGAUUUUUCUAUAUUGAUUUGUCAGGCAUCGACAAUAAAACAUUUGAUAUAAUAUGAUUCCAUUAAUAUUUUCUCACCAAACAAAUUCCAGCUUAAGUAAUUAAAUCAAAAGACUUGCAAAAUAUAUUUUCAUAUUGGACACUAUGCCUUCUAAUAUGUUUAGAAAGCAUGACUAUACGAAGCCUAGUAUUAAUCCUGAACCAUUAUGACUAAGGUUGUCUAAUAUUCUUAUCCUUAGGAAUAAAAAAGCUACUUAAUCCUUCUGUGAUAUAUAGAUGUUUUGAUUGGCCAAUACUCAUUGUAAAUUAAAUCUUUCAGUUUGACGUUUUAUUGUGAUACGAGGAUCUGUCGCCAUCUUGGAUAGGUUUAGAUUUUUAAUGUAAUAAGCAUAUUCUAAGACAGGAAUAGAAUGUACUUGCAGUGCUUUUUAUUUAAAAGAGGAAAAUUAUAUUAGUUUUUCUUUAUGUUAUAAUUGAUUUUACAAUACAGAAUAUUUUUGAUUGAUUUUAUCAUAAAAUGUACGGAUAACUUUUCAAUUUGUUUCACAUCUUAUAACAAAAUUAUGUCAUUUAGUUUUCUUUCUAUUUACAAAAUAACCUGUUUGCCUUGUCAAAACAUUACAAAAUGUGUCAAGUUUUCACAACCUGUAGUUUCAAAACAAGCCUAGUGAUUUAUCAUCUUUAUUAUACCUUUGAAAAAACUCACUAAGACUACAUUCUAGUAUGCAUAGAAUAUGUCAGACUAACCUAAAUAGUUUAUAUAUUGUAUAUUGUUUUAAAUACUUGAGAAAGCAGAUUAUGAUAACAUUUCUUCUUUCAAAAUACUAUUUUCAUCAUAGAUGAAGUUAUACCAUAAUUUAACAUGUAACUUAUAUAGUUUUAUUUAACUUUUUGAUUAAUUCACUGGAAAAGUUUUUACUCCUUAUCGUAACUACUUCAUUUCACCAAUUGUGAACAAUAAUUUUGCUCGGAAUUUUAGGGUAAAAUAGUUCAAAAGUGUUGAAAUUAAUGAUCAUAUUAAAGUGUUGAAACUAAUGUUUGUAUCAAAUUUGAAACUAAUGCUUAUAUUAAAGUGUCGAAACUAAUGCUAAUAUUAAAACUAAUGUUUAUAUAAAAUAAGGGGUAAUGUUUUUCAAUAAAUAGCCAUAACUUCGGCCUUUAUAGUCAAACACAGAAUGUAUUUUAAUGUAAUGAAAAUGAAAUGGAUGCCUUUAUGACAAUCAAAACCUCCGUAAAUACUGAAAUAAAACGGUUUGAAAGGUCAUUUUGUAUCUUUAAUGCAUGUAGUUAUUUAUUGACACCAUUUUGUUAUUUCUUUUUGAACUAUGGGAAAUUAAGUUGGAAUGCAAUUUAGCGUAUAAGUAAAAUUGAACUAAUACAAGAAUCUCAUAAGCAAUCGAAACCAGUUCACUGACCUAUCAUAAAAAUUGCUUAGAUAGUACAUAUUGUGUUGCUAGCAUCUGUAAGAAAUAAUAUUUUUGUAAUUAAAAGGUGGAUGCAUAAAGUAGUGAUAUUCACCUACCACAUAUGUACAGGGAAGUUUUGUUCAUUAUGUUACAUAUCAUUCACAUGGUUGCAGUUUCAAUAUUUUCGGUGUGUAUCAUGUAUAGGCAAGUUAACAACAUAUAUAUUUUAACUUCUUUUCUGCUUUUAUAUUCAAAACUCCAUUGCUUGAUUGUGUGGUUUGCAUUGUCGUUGCAAAAUAUACAGGUUUCAAUAUCAUUAAUAAGCUAAAUCUUGAACAUAAAGUUUAAAUGCUAAAUUAUAUAUGUUAUAUGUUGGUUCUAGGGAAAUUGUUACUUUUAAUUUUGCUUGCAUAGUUUUAAUUCUUGUUGCAAAUCAGCCAAAACUAUAUUUAUCUAUUGUGACAUAUUGUCAUUUACCAGUUUGCAUUUUGUGUUAAGUAAUGUUCACUUUCGGGACAUUUUAUAGCCGACUAUACGGUAUGGGAUUUUCUCAUUGUUGAAGGACGUAUAUUUGUCUAUAAUUGUUCACAUUUACUUCAUUUGACUGCAGAUGUAUGUCGCAUUGGCUAUCAUUCCACAUAGCCUUCUUUUUAUACUUACUUCUAUCCUCUCCAACUUUGGGGGAGGGCCUGUCUUGUUGUAUAAAAAGUUGACCUUAGAUGGAUUAUGAUAUUGUUUAAGGUUCUUGUUGGUGAUAUUGACGGUUUUUUUUUCGUGGAUUUCCAAUUUUCGUUCAUUUCGAGGAUACAGGUGAAACACGAUUUUAAAUGUUCAACGAAUUAAAUAAAGGAUUGUAAGCAGACUUGGAGAAACCACGAAAUCAAAUAUCCACGAAAAUAUAAGUUUGCCUCAAUCCACAAAAAUUGGUUCCUACGAAAAUAAAUUAAUUCAAUGUAUAGCUAUUCAACUGUUUUGAUUAUUUCAAAUAUUCGACUUCGUGCGUUCCUGAUUAAGGUAAAUCAAAUAAAGCGCUUCGGACGCUUGAAAUUUAUAAAGUGUUGUUUUCUUUUUGUUUUAAAUAUUCUUGAUGAUUUGUGUAUAUGUAUCGACUGUGUAUUUUUUUCAUGCAUUCAUACGUUUCGUUAAAAAAAGUACCUUACUUUUGUACCAAUGUCCGUGUCUUUGUGUUCUUCACUGCUAACAAAAAGAGCAUUUUUUCCAUUAAAUAUGUAUCAUGUACUAACAGUAUAUAGUCGAACCUCGUUGUGUCAAACUCGGUUGUGUCGAAAAAUCGGAUGAGUCGAAGUAAUUUCUCGGUCCCGGUAAAAUUCCCAUUUGAUCAAUGCAUAAUUACCUCUGAUGAGUCAAACUCGGUUGAUUCGAAUACUCGGUUGAGUCGAGUAAAUUUUAUAGUCCCGUCGAUGUAUAAUUGAUGUAAAUUGACCCCGAUGUCUCGAAGUUCGAAAGUAAGAAUUUUCAAAAGAUACAGGCCUAAUGGUUUAAUUAAUAUGAAGGACCAAAAAUAUGGAGAUUGAAUACACAAGCAAAAAGUGUCAUAUCGAAAAAAGGUACACUGUUAAAAGUAUCUAGUUAACACAAAUCUCAUAAAGUAUUUCAUGCAUUCCAAAUUUAUGACGACCCACUCGACCUCAGAUGAUUCGAACCUCGAAUAAGUCGAAUACGUUGGUCCGGUCCCUUCGACUUUGACAUAACGUUAUUGGUAACCAAAGAAAAUUUGUAAUAAAAUGGUUGCCUUUAAAACAUUUCCUUAAAGAAAGAUAUGAACGGUUUGAAAAAUCAAUUUGUAUCUUUAAUGCAGGUAGCUGUUUAUUAACAUUUUUUUUCUCCUGGAUUAUAAACAAUUAGGGUGGAAUACAAUUAAAUAUUUAAGUAUAACUGAACAAAUUCAAGAAUUCAAUACAAAAUCAACCCUUGUUGACUGACCUUUUAAAAAUUAAUUGUAUAUCAUAGUAUAAUCUGUUGCUAAUAUCUGUUAGGAGAAAUAUUUUUUAAUGAAAAGGUGGAUGCAUACAUGUAAUGUAGUUGUAUUUACCUACCACAGGUAAGUUUAAUCAUUGUUUUAAAUAUCAUUCUCAAAGGCGCAGUUUAUUUUUUUAGGUGCGUAUCAUAUAUAUUCAAGUAAGCAUUUUAUUUCUAUCUUAAAGGAGUGCCAGACUCACUGCAUCAUUGCAUUUAAUAGUGCCAUUACAACAACUCUUAUCUAAGGUCUCCUUUCAAUGUGUGCGGGGUGAAUUUAAACAUGAAAUCAUAAUUUUCCCCGAAUUGAACAAUGUAUAUGGAUAUUGGUUAUUUUUAAUAUUUUUAAAGUUUAGUACAUUUGUUAUUCUUUAUUCGUAAUCACUUAAUUACUCUAAUGUUACGCGGACGAUAGGAAUUCGAUCUAUGGUAUUAGUGCUGUGGACAGAUCAAUGCUCUUGUUGAGGAAAGGUGGAUCAAUUAUUUAAUAAAUACAUAAAAAGGUGAUGAUCUGGUUGAAUAACAAUUUAGAGUCAUUCAACAUAUAACUACAAUCCCGUACCCUUUUCCCGAAUGUGACCUACCAAAAUUUGACUUAUUACCGGGUGCCACAUGUGGAGCAUGGUCUGCUUACCCUUCCGGAGCACCUGAUAUCACCUUAGUUUUUGUUGGGGUUCGUGUUGCUCAGUCUUUAGUUUUCUGUGUUGUGUUUUGUGUACCAUUGUUUGUCUAUUGGUCUUUUUCUUUUUUGGCAAUGGCGUUUUCUGUUUAUUUUCGACAUAUAUGAGUUUGAAUGUCCCUCUGGUAUCUUUCGCCCCUCUUUUUGUUCUAUAGAAAUUGGCUGUAAUUUUUAUUUUGAUUUCCAAGCAUAUAAGAAAUAUUGAAAGACACAACCCUUAAUGGAAGCUACGUGCCAACAUAAGCAUAUUUUACCUAAUCAGUAUUUUGUAAAAAAAAUUGUAAAUGUGUGUCGUCAAUGCUUUUAAACUUUGUCUUUGAUUUUGAUUUUAAUCUAAACUAUUUUGAUUCGCGCGUCACUGAUUAAUCUUUUGUAGACGAAACGUGUGUCUCCCGUACAAAAUUAUAAGUCUGUCAUUUUUGAUGGUUUUUCCAACAUUUUGUCAACACUUCUAUUUUGGAAUUGCAAAAUAUGUUUUUCUCUAGCUGUUUAUGACGUCUUUACGCUAAAUAGAUAUUGAAUAUGUAUGGAUUGACAUUUUAGUCUAGAAAUAAAAUUGAGAAUGGAAAUGGGGAAUGUGUCAAAGAGACAAAAACCCGACCAAAGAGCAGAAAACAGCCGAAGGCCACCAAUCGGUCUUGAACACAGCGAGAAAAUCCCGCACCCGGAGGCGGGCUUCAGCUGACCCCUAAACAAAAAUGUGUACUAGUUUAAUGAAAAUGGAAAUCACACUUAACUCCAAAACAUAUAAAUGAACUAAAACUAAAAAACGUACAAGACCAAAGGCCAAAGGCUCCUGACUUGGGAUAGGCGCAAAAAAACAUGUUUUGUGAGAUUUCAACCCUCCCCCUAUACCUCUAGCCAAUGUAGAAUAAACAAACACACAGCAAUAUGCAAGUAAAACUCAGUUUAAAAGAAGUCCGAGUCCGAUGUCAGAAUAGGUAACAAAAGAAACUAAGCAAAAUCACAAUGAUACAUAAAUUAACAAAGAACUACUAGCAGUUACUGACAUACCAGCUCCAGACCUCAAUUAAACUGAUUGAAAGAUUAUGUCCUCAUCAUAUGAAAAUCAAGCACAAUCCCUCCAGUUAGGGGUUUAGUAUCAUACCAUCAUCAAAUAUAUGAGUAGAACAUAACCCGUAUCAGGACAACAACUGGUUUUAGAAUAAAUGUGUUUAUUUCUUCUUUUUUUUUUAACAUAUUAUACUUUAUUUCAUUAAAGCUGUUUAUAAAUCUUUUAAUGAGACAGCUUUCUACCUUAGAUACCCUAAAUACUAUAAAUAAUAGGCUUAGGGUUUACCUAUAGAUACUAAUACUAUUAACAUAAGUAUUUACAAUUCACAAUUUUCCGGAAAUAUAACAGUGUUUUCCGUAUAUUUCAAUUUUACUAAUAAAUCGUCCUAUAUAGUACAAUACUACUAUAACAAACAUGCAGUUGGGUUUUAAUUUCACAAUUUUUGAGUAUAUAACUAAUGGUUUUAACUUUUGCUGUUUAGUGUCACUGAAACAUGUGGAAUUAAACAGUUAUACAAGUUUUAGCUAAGAGGUAAAAGGAGUUUUUUUAAAAUACUUUCAAUUUGCUUCAGCGUAAAGCUUUUUCUUGUUUCAUUGCUUUGUAGUGGUUUACUCUUGACAGAAAUUAUACUUAAAUAUAUCUAACACAUUUACUUCUUUUUCUAGUAUGCAUUAUGUAUACUAAAUAAUACUAUUGUUAUAAAAAAAAUAAUUUCAUAAUAGUUUUCUUUAGUUAUUUUAUAUCCAAAUAUUAGGUUUUCUAAACUUAUAAUGUGAUAUCCAAUUUUGAGUUUAUUAAGAAUUAACCUAACACUUUCCCCCCAAAAAAAUUGUUCAUAAUUCUCUUUAACAUUGCAUAUCUUACAUAAAGGAGUAUCUACUAUUUUCCAAGUUUCUAGUAUGUGUUUACAGGGUAGUAACCAAUGUCACAAUUUCCACCUCAAUAUUUUCAAUUUAUUAUCUUUUAAGUAUCUAAAAAUAAACAGUAUAAUGUGUUUUAUUUUCAAAUUAAUAUCUACAACUUGCAAAUUAUCUUUCCACUUUACAAAACCUAUUGGUGUUUCUAUGUUAGACUGUAGUAGUAUAUUAUAUAUUUUUGUUGUUGUUACUUUUUGUAACUCAUACUUUUUAUGAUUUAUACUUACUAUUUCAAAUUUUUUGUAAAAGUAAACUUUUGUUUGCUUUGAUUUUUCUUCUUUAAGUAAAUUUAACCAUUGGUUUGGUAAUGCUUUUUUUUUAAAUUUUGUAUAUUCUGCGAAUCAAUUACAAUGAUAUGAUAGUUUGUUUAAUAUCAAAUUUUGAGAAAUAUCUCCAUUAUCAUCCAGGAUAUCAUUGAUAUAUAGUAUACUAUUUUUAAUCCAUUUAUUAUAGAUUAGACAUUUGCCAUUUAAUUUUAUGUAUUUGUUUCCCCAUAUUAUUUGUUUUCUUAUUUCAAUAAAAAUUAUUUGGGAUUUUUUC